AUGGCCGCUGACAGGCCAUAUUCGCCAGGUCUCGGCGACUCCAACCCUUCAGGGAAAAAACAAUCUUCUGGUUUCACCCCAUUGCCGCCCAUUCGUCGCACAUCAACAUUCGACUUGUUAUCGAGAAAGAAGCUUGUUGGAGAAGAAGACGACGGGACUCCAUCUCCAGUUGGAUCUUCAGAUAAUGAAAUUCCUCCACUGCCUCCCAUGAAGGACGGCAUCAAUUAUCAAAACGGUAAUGGGCAUAUACCCGACCGGGGACAAGGCGGCCAGGCCACCGGCCAAUUAAGUCAACCCCAGACCUUCGCCCAACCUCCGCCUCAGCAUCACCCCGCGUUCGGCAACGGCUUUGGCCCAGCUCCUAAUGGAUUUGCAGCUGGCGGAGGUAUUGGUCAACCUAACGGGUUUCAACAGCAGGGACAUAUGGGAGGUCCUGUAGGUCCUCAUCAAUUUAGUCAGAUACCCGGACAGUCUAGUGCAUUACCUAUGAAUUCGGGUCAUCCUUUUGCCUCACAGAUGGAAGGUAACCCUAUUCAAAAAUUCCCUCCUGGUGGUCAAUGGAAGCUGGAGGAGUCCCGCCUUACAGAACCUCUUAUCCAACACAAGACCCGACCAGGGGCAAAUAGUCCAUCGCAACAACCAGGCUAUUAUGGAUAUGAUAAGGAAACUGAAGAUCCCUCGCCGCCAAUGAGAGGGCAGGGUAUACCACAGCGGUCGAGAAAUAAUAGCAAUAGCAUACCACCUGUCUCGGCAGAGAGAUUCCGUAAGCAUAAUAUCUUUGCUCCUCAUGAACCCCUGCAAUCACAACCGUUAACCCCACCACAAGUUGGUCAUCCUCCGCCCGGUCGAACUAACGAUAACGUGGCCCAAGGGGAACGGGAAGGUCGUGAUGCUGGGUUUAAUAAGGAGCCGGAUGUCCAUGUUGAUGAGGUAUCGGUUUCGAGCGCUACCAGUGAGGGCCAAAAUAGCACCCGGCGAGGUUCAGGAUUCUUUAGUCUAACCCGCCGGACCACAGGUGCUGAACAAGAACAGCAAACCUCGAACCAUAACGCAUUUACCAAGAACAAGGUAUCUUCGUUCUUCGGCGUAGAAGCCCAUACCCAUGACAAGUAUCGACCAGCUGUCAAAUCUAACCUUGGGUCUACCUUUGAUCAUGAUGAUAAUCUAGAGCCUACGUCGAUGAGGAAAAGAUUGUCUGAGCUCACGGGAAUGAUGAAAGGUGUCGGGAAUGCGAAGGAUGGGACAAAAGAUGACCAACCAGUUAAACCGAGUAACAAUACUACAUAUUCCCCGAGACCUGUGCAGGGUCCAAUGCAAGGUCCAGUGCAAACACAAACCGGGCCUCAGCCGUCUCAAGGGCCGGGGGGAUUAUAUGCAGCCCCGUCCAGUACAAUAGGACGAAUUAGUCCCAGUGGGCCUCGACCUCCCGAAGCUGACGACGAGCGUGAAAAGAAACAUGGGUUUUUGGGCGGACUUUUUAAUAGGCAAGGGUUUAAGUCAUCCGAGACGAAAUCAGAGUCGAGACAACCGAGUCAACAGACAAGUCAACAGACAUCGACGCCCCUUCAGCGGCCACCGCAACAGUUUCCCAUGCAACCCAUGCAACAAUUCCGGCCUGGUCAGAUGCCGCCACCUGGACAACAGUUUGGUCCGCAUCCAAUGUAUCCCGGCCAUCCCCCAAUGCAACCAGGCUUGCCGGGACAGCAAGGCGCACGAAGACCCAUGGUUUCUGGUCCAGGCCAGCCAAAUUCUUCGGAGCAUCUUCAGUCGCCUACUUCGCCCCAAGUUCUCGAGAUUGCACAGUUAAUUCAGAUGCAACGCCCUUCCGAAAUAACAGUCUCCCAAAGUCCAUCAGGCGGGUCACCCCUUUCGCCUAGUCAACGACCACCAACAUCCCAAGGAUCCCAGGCGGGUAUACGACCCGGCACCGGACAGGAUGCCGGAGGGAGAAAUAUACCCAAACAGGCCGGGGUCAAUGAUCCGUUUUCUAUGUCUAGUCCACUUCCCAAGGACUUCCACGGCCCUCCACGUGCGGCCUCCUUUGAUCUAUCCAAUACUAGCGGAUCCUCGUCAGCAACACGAACCCCGAAUAGAAAACCUGUGGCCUCCAGUUUAUCAAAGCAAGAUGGUGUGUCUGUUAAUUCCACACCUACGACACAAAAUUCCAUUCAGCAGUCGCCCCCAAACCCAACUAGGGCCGAUGGUUCAACGCCUCGAUCUGAAAGUCCGGAUGAUGAACAGAGAUUAUCCAAUCAUCCUCCCUCUGGCCAACAGAGCCCUACACUUGGUAAGCUAGGUCACAUCCGCCAGUCGUCUAAUCCGUCUCCGGGGCGCCCACCUCAUCCCGGUCAAGUGACUCCGCAAUCAAUCGGAAGUGCGCAGUUCUCUCCCCAGGGGCCGAGGCCUUCGCAGGAUCGGCAGAUACCAAGCCAAUUGCACGGGAACUCUCAAGGUCAGUUCUCGGCUGAUGGUGGUUCUCCGCAUGAUUCGCGGCAGAACUCACCUUGGAGUCCUAAUGUUACCUUCGUUGAUCAACCACGUGCAGGGUAUCAACCAAGACCACUAGCUACAACUCCUGACCAAGGCCGAGGUACCCUAGAAAAGUUUUUCGGUGUCGAUACCGGUAUCGAUUCCGAAGUUGGGAGUGUUAAUUCGGUAAAACCAACGAAGGAGCCGAAAGAAAAGAAUGCUGCAGCAAGACUCCUAGACGCUUUUAGGAGAACUAAUAAACACGAACCUCAAAAACUCCCCACCGGUCGUCAAACCCCUCCAGCACCACGACCCGGUCAACCAGCAAAUACGGCAAACGUACCGCGGCAGUCUCUCAACGGCCCCCCACGCGGACCUCUCAACCCGGUCAGUAACCAACAGCCGCCGCCUCAAGGAAUGCCAGGCGCUGUCCGACAGCAGCCUCCGAUGAUGCACGGAGCUGGACGCGGGCAAGAACCUCGGUACGACCUAGUCCCUAUUCCUCGUGGUUACGAGGCUGUACAUGGUUAUGGCCACGCGGGUAUGAUGGCCCCCUCUCCUUACAACAUCGGACGCCCCGGCCCGCCGCCCCCAAAUCAACAAUUCCAAGCCUUUGCACCCUUAGGUGUUCCGCGUGGUCCCCCGCAAGGGUUUCCGCAGCAGUGGGAUCCCCGAAAUGGUCCUGCCCCACAACCUAUUCCAUAUGGCCCAUUACCUCCUCAUAUACAGCCGAACCACCAAGGUCUGCCACCGCAGUUCCCACAGAGACAGGCCAACUCACAAUCUACCACACCUACACCGUCCGACCAGGGUACUUUCUUAGAUAUGGCACCAACCCCGCCUCCUCAAAAGCCCCGUGAAGACACUGGAUACGAUCCCCAGCCAACCAAGGGUGUUCCACCUCAAGCUAUCGGUGGCCCGUCGUUCCAGCAACCACAAAUCCGGCUUCAGUCCAACCUCCAACAAGUUCAGAACCCAGAGACCCAAACUCCCUCAAGUUCUAACUGGGGCAGCGCUCCGGACAGCGCUCGAUCGGCGCAGUCUCCUAGACAGCCAGGCCCUCAAAUACCUAACGGUAGUCUCCACUCCAAGCCGUCAGACCCGAAUGUAUCACCUCCAAGUGACAACGACGAUACGCAAAGAUCGCCCAAUCAACAUAUUGCCACAGCCAUGAUAAAAGGUGUCCACAUACACCCUCCGGUACUUCAACCCGGUGUUCCGCAAAACGGACUUCCACCCAAUGCGGCCCGUUCAUUUUCUCCUUCGACUGCAUCGACAAGGGUUCCCGGUUUCCCCAAUCAGAACCAGUACCAGAACCAAAACCAGAGCCCACCUCCAAUCCAGGAACCUGUAAACCAACCAACGCCCAACGGUGCAGGCCAUCUCGUAAGCAAAAUGUCAAUAACUAACCUCAACGAGCCGCCUAAAAACGCAUCGCUUAGUCCCGACGUCAAUGCGAUCCGUGCAACCAACGUCAGCCCAGAACCCCCUGGUCCGCAGAGGUCAUCUCCGUACCACCAAGUGUCGAACACCAGCUUGAAUAUUAAUGUUGAUCGUGCGAACGAUCCUAAGGAAAAUAGCGGAGGGGAGGACGAUAUUUACGAUGCUACGCCCAGAUUACAUAACACUGUACAGAGCCAAGGCCAGCCUCAGCUCCCAGUUCAGGAAUCAGUCCACGUACACGAGAAUACAAAGUACGCCGGUUCAGAGAAGAGUCGCACGGGUCUCAUCAAUGGCGGUGUCGCGGCUGCCGGUGCUGGAAUUGUUGCCGGCGCAGUCGGCGUUGCAGUUACAGCAGACGCGAGCAGCAUUCAGGAUUCUUUGCCAGAGGAUCCGUCACCGCCGCAGCGACCAAUCGCAAUGAAUAUGCCUGCAGAGCCGGAAGAGAAGAUAGCGGUGGACCAUCCUGUGGAACUUCCUGCCGUCAAUGUCGACGACGACGAUGGUAUACCCGUGAUGACUGCGACGUCGUACCCUGGACAGGAGUGGAAUCCGUACGAGGCUGGGGAAUUUGGGGACUUCGAUAUGUAA